UCAGCUUGCGAGCGGAGCAUGGUAACUUCUCCAGCAAUCAGAGCGCUCCCCCUCACAUCAGUGGCAUGCUUCAUGGAGAUAUGCUCCUCUCACUGCCCUCUGCACCAGCAACAUGGAUUGUCACCUCUCCAUCCUCCUCCUUCUCAGCUGCUCCAUUCUCUACUGCUUCGGGGAACUGAUUCUCCAACCUUCCAAUGAAGUCAAUCUACUGGAUUCAAAAACAAUUCAAGGGGAGCUGGGAUGGAUCUCUUACCCAUCACAUGGGUGGGAAGAGAUCAGUGGUGUUGAUGAACAUUACACACCCAUCAGGACUUACCAGGUGUGCAAUGUCAUGGAUCAUAGUCAAAAUAAUUGGCUGAGGACAAACUGGGUCCCUAGGAACUCAGCUCAGAAGAUCUACGUAGAGCUCAAGUUCACUCUUCGGGACUGCAAUAGCAUUCCACUGGUUUUGGGAACUUGCAAGGAGACUUUCAACUUGUACUACAUGGAGUCUGAUGAUGAUCAUGGGGUCAAAUUUCGAGAACAUCAGUUUACAAAGAUUGACACCAUUGCAGCUGAUGAAAGUUUCACCCAAAUGGAUCUUGGGGACCGUAUUCUGAAACUCAACACUGAGGUUAGAGAAGUAGGUCCUGUCAACAAAAAGGGAUUUUAUCUGGCAUUUCAAGAUGUUGGUGCUUGUGUUGCCUUGGUGUCCGUGAGAGUGUACUUCAAAAAGUGCCCAUUUACAGUGAAGAAUCUGGCUAUGUUUCCAGACACGGUACCCAUGGAUUCCCAAUCCCUGGUGGAGGUUCGAGGAUCUUGUGUUAACAAUUCUAAGGAGGAAGAUCCUCCCAGGAUGUACUGCAGUACAGAGGGCGAAUGGCUUGUACCCAUUGGCAAGUGCUCCUGCAAUGCUGGCUACGAAGAAAGAGGUUUUAUGUGCCAAGCUUGCCGACCAGGUUUCUACAAGGCUGCGGAUGGUAAUAUGAAAUGUGCCAAGUGCCCACCCCACAGUUCUACUCACGAAGAUGGUUCAGUGAACUGCAGGUGUGAGAAUAAUUACUUCCGAGCAGACAAAGACCCUCCAUCCAUGGCUUGUACCCGACCUCCAUCUGCACCAAGAAAUGUUAUCUCUAAUAUAAACGAGACCUCGGUCAUCCUGGACUGGAGUUGGCCCCUGGACACAGGAGGCCGGAAAGAUGUUACCUUCAACAUCAUAUGUAAAAAAUGUGGGUGGAAUAUAAAACAGUGUGAGCCAUGCAGCCCAAAUGUCCGCUUCCUCCCUCGACAGUUUGGACUCACCAACACCACAGUGACAGUGACAGACCUCCUGGCACAUACUAACUACACCUUUGAGAUCGAUGCCAUUAAUGGGGUGUCAGAGCUGAGCUCGCCACCAAGACAGGUCGCUGCAGUCAGCAUCACGACCAACCAGGCUGCUCCAUCGCCUGUCAUGACGAUUAAGAAGGAUCGAACGUCCAGAAACAGCAUCUCUUUAUCUUGGCAGGAACCUGAGCACCCUAAUGGGAUCAUAUUGGACUACGAGGUCAAAUACUAUGAAAAGCAGGAGCAAGAGACAAGUUAUACCAUUCUGAGGGCAAGAGGCACGAAUGUUACCAUCAGUAGCCUCAAGCCUGACACUACUUACGUAUUCCAAAUCCGAGCCCGAACGGCAGCUGGAUACGGGACCAACAGUCGCAAGUUUGAGUUUGAAACCAGCCCGGACUCUUUCUCCAUUUCUGGGGAAAACAGCCAAGUAGUGAUGAUUGCCAUUUCAGCGGCGGUGGCGAUUAUCCUGCUCACGGUCGUCACCUACGUCUUGAUUGGGAGGUUCUGUGGCUAUAACAAGUCAAAACACAAUGCAGAUGAAAAAAGACUUCAUUUCGGGAAUGGACAUUUAAAACUUCCAGGUCUCAGGACUUACGUUGACCCACAUACAUACGAAGACCCUACCCAAGCAGUUCACGAGUUUGCUAAGGAGUUGGAUGCCACCAACAUAUCCAUUGACAAAGUUGUUGGAGCAGGUGAAUUUGGAGAAGUGUGCAGUGGUCGCUUAAAGCUUCCUUCAAAAAAAGAGAUUUCAGUGGCCAUCAAAACCCUGAAGGUGGGCUACACAGAAAAGCAGAGGAGAGACUUCCUGGGAGAAGCAAGCAUUAUGGGACAGUUUGACCAUCCCAACAUCAUUCGACUAGAGGGAGUUGUUACUAAGAGUAAACCAGUCAUGAUUGUCACAGAAUACAUGGAGAACGGUUCCUUGGACAGUUUCUUACGUAAACACGAUGCCCAGUUUACGGUCAUCCAGCUAGUGGGGAUGCUUCGAGGGAUAGCAUCUGGCAUGAAGUACCUCUCAGACAUGGGUUAUGUUCACCGGGACCUUGCUGCUCGUAACAUUUUGAUCAACAGUAAUUUGGUGUGUAAGGUUUCUGAUUUUGGACUUUCACGUGUUCUAGAGGAUGAUCCCGAAGCUGCUUACACAACAAGAGGAGGGAAGAUCCCAAUCCGAUGGACAUCACCAGAAGCUAUAGCUUACCGCAAGUUCACGUCAGCCAGCGACGUAUGGAGUUACGGGAUUGUUCUCUGGGAGGUGAUGUCCUAUGGAGAGAGACCAUACUGGGAGAUGUCCAAUCAGGAUGUGAUUAAAGCUGUGGAUGAAGGCUAUCGGCUGCCACCCCCCAUGGACUGCCCAGCUGCAUUGUAUCAGCUGAUGCUGGACUGCUGGCAGAAAGACAGAAACAACAGACCCAAGUUUGAGCAGAUUGUCAGUAUUCUGGACAAGCUUAUCCGGAACCCAGGCAGCCUGAAGAUCAUCACCAGCGCGGCAGCAAGGCCAUCAAAUCUUCUUCUGGACCAAAGCAACGUCGACAUCACUACCUUCCGCACAACAGGUGACUGGCUUAAUGGUGUCCGGACAGCACAGGGCAAGGAAAUCUUCACAGGCGUGGAGUACAGUUCUUGUGACACCAUAGCCAAGAUUUCCACAGAUGACAUGAAAAAGGUUGGAGUCACUGUGGUUGGUCCACAGAAGAAAAUCAUCAGUAGCAUUAAAGCUCUAGAAACACAAUCAAAAAACAGUCCAGUCCCAGUGUAAAGUGUAAUUUCUGGAAGAAAGUGGUGGCUGUGGAAGACCUAGUAUCAUUCUACAGACAGAUGAUAAUGCUGGAGAUGCUGGUGGCAAUUCCAAGCCCAAUAAGACACUCAGAUAUGAAUACAAAUGCCUUAACAUGGAAUUGAAAGACUCUUUAUUUUCCCCUAUCAUUUAGUGGAUGGGAGGGGGGUGUAUUUUGUUUCGUAAUUGCUUUUUUAUAUUAGUUGAUGGGUUAAAUUAAAAUUCUUCAGCGUGGAAUGAUGAAGAACUAGCAUAGAGCCAUUGAUCAUAAACUGAUUAUCAUAAAAGCUGAACAAGUGUAAUAACAAAAUGAACAUGGUGGCUCUGUUUACUAAUAGCCACAAAAGAAAAGACUUGUGAUAUUUUUAUACACAGAAGAAAUCUGUAACAGGUAUUUUGUUUCUUUAAAAGCAAGCAAAAUAGAGGAGUUUAUACCUCAAACUAUCUGGCCAUAUAUACUACCUUUUUCAUUGUAUUUUUCUCUUUUAUCUGUUAAAAGCAUUUAGAAAUGAAGUUUGUAGUUGUUUUAAGUACUAUACAUUUUUAAUUGUUAGCUUCUGAAGUAUUACCAUGUAAAAAUGUGUCUUAAUUUUGAAGAAAAGUACAUAUUUAUUUUCUUUUGAAUUGUUUUUAUUAUUUUCUAUUUAUAGCAUGAUGAUUUAAUUUGGAUUUGUUACAGCCAAGUGCCAAAUGUUCUUUAAAAUUGUCAGCAGUAAGAAACAUGGUAAACUAGACAUGGGGAAUGAUGGGUUUCUUUCCAGAUUUUCUGAACCAUCCACUUCUAUGUACCUAUAUCUAUAUAUAAAAAGAAAGAAACCGAACCCCUUCCCUGUUCGUACAUUACUUAAAUCUCAGUUUGAAUUAUCCUAUCCAUUUUUGUCUCUCCAUUUAUUACAAACUGUAUGCUCCUAAUUUAGUGUAAUAUACUGGCUUGUAUGUAAUGGAUUCUCAAUGACAUACCUGCCCUGCUCUGGUGCUUAGGAGACCAUCAACUCCCUCCAUUAGUAAAGGAGCUACAUUGGAGCUCCUGAGUAGAGAAUAGCUACACUGGAAAAAAUUGGAAUCCUAUUUAGAUUGCUGCAUUAAUUGGCAACAAAGCCUAGAGGCCAAUGCAUGAGUUAAAAAAAAUCACUUGCUGACUGGCUUUGAAAUGUCACUUAAUAUCUUUGCUUAAACUUGUUGAACUAUUUAUAGGGAAUAAUGAAAACUAAACUACUCAUCUGUGUCACUGGGGUUUAGUUAAUUUAAUUAAACACUGUGAACAUCAAUAGCAGGUGUUAUUAUCUUUAAGAGUCUUCCACUGAAAUGCACCUGUUGUAAUUUUGGUGUAUAACUUAGAAGCAUUGAACUUCUCUGCAUUUGUUGAGCAUCUGAUUUUCACACGAGCUGGUUAUCUAGCAAAUGACU